UCCUAAGCCGGUUCCAGGGUCGUUGCGCCAGAGGGUCGCCGGUCGGUUCCGUCACGCGGGCCCCAGCAGAGUACUUGGCUUUCUUUUGGUUGUCAUCUGGAAGUAUUCUGUAAGCACCUCUUGCAGUUCACCUUGCUUUAGUUGAAUAGUUAAGAUGGAUUUCACCCAACUUCCCAAAAUUCGUGAUGAAGACAGAGAGGACUUGUUUGGCUAUGUAUUUGGAGUCUCAGGACCUGUCGUCACUGCCUGCAAUAUGGCAGGUGCAGCUAUGUAUGAGUUAGUACGAGUUGGCCACUGUGAACUUGUAGGAGAGAUUAUCCGACUGGAGGGUGAAAUGGCAACUAUCCAGGUGUAUGAAGAAACCUCUGGUGUUUCUGUAGGAGAUCCUGUACUUCGCACUGGUAAACCACUCUCCGUGGAGCUUGGUCCUGGAAUAAUGGGAGCCAUUUUUGAUGGUAUCCAAAGGCCUCUGUCAGACAUCAGCACUCAGACCCAAAGUAUUUAUAUUCCCAGAGGAGUAAACGUGACAGCUUUAAGCAGAGAUCUCAAAUGGGAUUUCUCACCUGUCAAAAACUUGCGGGUUGGCAGUCAUAUCACGGGUGGAGAUAUCUAUGGCCUAGUGAAUGAGAACUCUCUUAUCAAACACAAGAUCAUGCUGCCCCCACGAAACAGGGGAACAGUAACAUACAUUGCUCCACCCGGAAAUUAUGAUGCCUCUGAUGUUGUGUUGGAGCUGGAAUUUGAGGGUGUGAAGGAGAAAUUCACUAUGGUCCAGGUUUGGCCAGUACGGCAAGUCCGCCCUGUCACAGAAAAGUUACCUGCCAAUCACCCUCUCUUAACUGGUCAGCGAGUCCUUGAUGCACUCUUUCCGUGUGUUCAAGGAGGUACAACAGCUAUCCCUGGGGCUUUUGGCUGUGGAAAGACUGUGAUUUCUCAGUCUCUGUCGAAAUAUUCCAACAGUGAUGUUAUCAUCUAUGUAGGCUGUGGGGAACGAGGAAAUGAAAUGUCUGAAGUGCUCAGAGAUUUCCCAGAGCUCACAAUGGAAGUUGAUGGCAAGGUCGAAAGCAUUAUGAAAAGAACUGCUCUCGUAGCAAACACUUCCAACAUGCCUGUCGCUGCCAGGGAAGCUUCUAUCUACACUGGGAUCACCUUGUCUGAGUAUUUCCGUGACAUGGGCUAUCAUGUCAGUAUGAUGGCUGAUUCCACAUCCCGAUGGGCAGAAGCCCUUCGAGAAAUUUCAGGGCGCCUUGCUGAAAUGCCUGCUGAUAGCGGUUACCCAGCCUACCUUGGAGCUCGCCUGGCCUCUUUCUAUGAACGGGCUGGUCGAGUGAAGUGCCUGGGAAACCCAGAGAGGGAAGGGAGUGUCAGCAUUGUUGGAGCUGUUUCUCCUCCUGGCGGUGACUUCUCUGACCCAGUUACAUCUGCUACUCUGGGCAUUGUUCAGGUAUUCUGGGGCUUGGAUAAGAAGCUUGCUCAACGCAAGCAUUUCCCAUCUGUGAAUUGGCUGAUCAGCUACAGCAAGUACACACGUGCUCUGGAUGAGUACUACGACAAGCAGUUCCCAGAGUUUGUUCCCUUGAGGACUAAAGCAAAGGAAAUCCUGCAGGAAGAGGAGGAUCUUGCAGAGAUCGUACAGCUGGUGGGGAAGGCUUCCUUGGCAGAAACAGACAAAAUCACUUUGGAAGUUGCCAAACUCAUUAAAGAUGAUUUCCUGCAACAGAAUGGCUAUACCCCAUAUGACAGAUUUUGCCCAUUUUAUAAGACAGUGGGGAUACUGUCCAACAUGAUUGCAUUCUAUGAUAUGGCACGUCGAGCAGUGGAGACCACUGCCCAGAGUGACAACAAAAUUACUUGGUCCAUUAUCAGAGAAAACAUGAGUGAGAUCCUCUAUCGACUCACCUCUAUGAAAUUCAAGGACCCAGUUAAAGAUGGAGAAGCCAAGAUCAAAGCAGACUAUGCCCAGCUUUUUGAAGACAUGCAGAAUGCAUUCCGCAGUUUGGAAGACUAGAGGGCGAUUCCUGGAGCCCCACUUGAGUGUGUUACUCAUCUCUCUUUUUCUGCUUUUCCAAUGAUAGAAGAUAAAGAUGUACACUUUGCUAAAGAUUAUUUGUAUCUUUAAAAACAUUCCUAUUUAGUUCAUUAGCGCUCUCUCUCUCUCUCUCUCUCUCUCGCUCUCUGUGUGUGUGUGUGUGUGUGUGUGUGUGUAAAUCUGAGCUUAUGUGUGUAAGGCAAGGUUUGUAAAGGCUCCUGUAAGGCUCCUCCACCAGAUUUGACCUUUUCUCUCUGGAAGAAAUCUAAGCAAGUGAGAGUAUGGAUUUCUGGAAGGAAAAACACAUGCUGUUAUAUACUAAUGGCCUAAGGGCAGUUGAACCAGUUUUCCUGGUUUAGUGCUAUGUAUUUGAAGUAUUUCUGAUCCUUCAGGGAUUUAUUUAUUGUACUUGAAUGCUGCUGUUGCCACCAUAAAAAAUAAAGACUAUAAAAAUUACUUUGCUACAAUGCUCCUUCAGCACUUACUUAUUUCAUUAGAUGUGUUGAAAAUCUGUAGGGUUGGAAUUAUUGAACAGAGGUUGCUACUGGGCGCUCCUACGUGGCCAUGUAGUCCCACCGUAGGAUUGACGACUUUUAUUUCAAUAUCACUCAAAGCCGUGGUUGCUUACACCUAGCUAUAGGAAUAACUCUACUCUCUCUCGCAACUACCCUCCUACCUCCUCUUCCCCAAUAUAGAAACGCAGGGCACAGCUGUGGGUGCUGCUUGAUUAUUCUGUGUACCUGCAGUGCAGGACGGACUGUGGGCCAGGUAGCCGGUCCCCUCUUCUACUUCCUGCAGACCUUUUCCUUUGACUACUAGGUCACAAUAAAAACAAAAAUCCUAAGGAACAGCUGGACUGCAGUUCUAUCUUCAUAGGGAAGGGGGUCCUUGUUACCCAAAGUUUUCUAAUUUGCAGAGCAGAUGGACCCUGCAAGGGCUGCCCUCCUAUCCCUGCUUCUGACUCGCAGGAGAUGUAAGUGGAUCUUGCUCAAUCAACUUCUGACCUUUGUGGGGAUAGUUUCUUCUCUCAGGUUAGUUGCUAUUUUUGAUGUUCAUUUCCAAUCACGGUUUCAAUAAUGAGGAAGAGAAACUUGGUUCUCGCUGACUAAACAUCCAAACUCCGUUGCAUCUCUACUGCAAAACAGAAGGUCCAAGCAGAGAGCAACUAAAACCCCUCUAGAGCAGUGUUGUUGCAGAGUUCUAAAUCUCACCGUUGUGCACAGCAGAAAAGCCUGGCAACGAGGCUACUGCAGGACAAAGGCACUCGCAGUUGCUACUUGUACUCUAUAGAGUGGACCAUAACCAAGCGACAAUGUUCCAAAUCUCUCCCAAUUUAAUGUAUUUGGAAUGGGGCUUAUUUAGCUGUGGGAUUAACAACACUGCUGUUCCCAGUGUGAUACCAGAUCAGUGUAGAUCUGGAGCCCAGCAGAAACAUUCUGGUUUUUCCCUCACCUUCAGCUGUCUUCAAAUAAAUGCCAGUUAAAAAUUAAAACUGCAUCUUAAAUUCUUAUCAAUUUUGCAUAGAGUGUUAAUUUGCAUUGUGCUGUGCUCACAAAGGGCAGUGUAUGAAUGAUUAGUGCAAACCCCUAAUGUGCUGAAUUCAUAUCAACUGUAUAUGUAAUAGCAUUUCUUGCCUAGAAAACGUAUCUAACUACUUUUAGGAGAAAGCUGUAAAAUUUUCAAAAGAUAUCUAAUAACAGCUAUUUAUUGUGCUACUCCUAACCAAAACCAGCCAGUUCAGUUUCAUAUGGUUUCCUUGUUUUGUGUCUAUUUUGAGUGUUAGAAAAACUGAUGUAUUUUGUGUUGCUGCAAACUCUUCAUUUGGUUAACCAAAAAGUGUAAGGAAUGAGACGUCAGGGAGGUGGGUUAAUCCUGUAUAAUGCAUUAUACAAUCUGUGGCUAGAAGUUGUCUACACUUGUUCAUGUCACUGAGAAUAAAAAGUGUAUUUCGAAUAUGACA